CAACGACACACAAAAACGCGCCCCAGCAAACCACACACAAACCAACGCAAACGCCCGCGCGCGAGCUCUCCAGACCGACAAUUGAUGCCCCCAACGAGCUUAUCGUUCACGAGAUAUCUCCCACCAAACCUAGGUACACGUACCCGCGGCACAACAAACUGCCACUGCGCACAGGCGCCUCGCCGCCGCGCGACCAAACCAGGGCCCAUCACACACCGCCAGGCGCGACAGCGCGUCGUGGACACGCCCCUACUGUUGCCUGGUGCCGCGCCGCCGGGUUUACCAACCCACCGCUUGAACCGUGGCGGGACUCGAUCCCGCCGUCGUUGUGCGGCCUGCCAGGCACGAGGGGCGAAGGCGGGGUCAGUGCAGGCAGCGUGGAGGGGCAGCAGGACAGGCGGAAGCUGCUAG